UAGAGGAAGACUCACCUGGGAGCUUGCAGGAAUACCGUGUUGCGCUCUGAAAACUUGAAAAGAAGAUGAAGGAAUUCCGAAGUAGUUUUCUCAGAUUCGUAGUUGCGCAAAAUAUAAUUUGACGGAGAUACAAUGUACACAUCCGAACGCAGGCGAAUGAGCCUGCACGAGAUCAAAAGAAAGGAUCCUGUUAGAGUUUCGGCUGGAAGUCUAUGGCAGGACCCGUUGGCAAUUGAACUCAGUAACACCUCCUCGGGUAAAAAUAUAAUUUCGCCUCGAAGUCGGACGAGGGCACUGGCUGUUGUCUACAUUGUCGUUGAACAUGCUUCAGUACCUCAAACAGAAGAAAAUCUUUCUCUGAAAUGCCUUACAGAGGCGUGCGCUGACACACAUGCUGUGUUGAAAACUAUUCCUUUUGAUAGAAUAGCACUGGGGACAACUGAUGUUUUGGACAACUUUUACAACGCAGAUGUUGCAGUGGUGGAGAUGAGUGAAUCAUUUUGUCAGCCCUCCCUUUUCUACCACCUGGGCGUGAGGGAGAGUUUCAAUAUGACGAACAACAUCAUUCUGUAUUGUAAUAAGCAGGAGAAUGACCUGCAACCCCUCAAGGAGCAAUGUGGGAGCUACACCUUCAUCCCAUACAUGGUGUCCCCCCAGGGGAAGGUGUUUGCCAGUGAUGCUUCCACCAUGAAGGGGAUCCAGGACCUCAUGCAGCCCAGCUUCAAACUGGAACCACUGCUCACUCCUCUGGUGGACAGACUGGUCCAGAUGCUGGAGAAUGUCCAAAUCCAUUCCAGUGAGUACUUCCGGGAGUCGAUCCGACGGGAGAUCCGUCUGGCCCGUGAGCGCUUCACGGGCCAGGAGCUGAGUCAGGAGCUGGGCCACAUCCAGAAUAGGCUGGACACUGUGGAGCUCCUAACCCCCGACAUUGUCAUCAACUUGCUGCUCUCCUACCGGGAUGUCCAGGACUACGAUGCCAUAAUUAAACUGGUGGAAACCCUGAAUACCCUCCCGUCGUGUCAAGUUGCUGCUCAGCAAAACAUUCAGUUUCAUUACAUAUUUGCACUCAACAGGAGGAAUCGCCCAGGCGACCGUGCCAAGGCCCUGGCAGUCAUUCUGCCCAUUGUGGAGUCAGGGAACAAGGUGGCAUCUGACGUGCACUGUUUGUGUGGACGCGUCUACAAAGACAUGUUCAUGAGCUCGGGAUUCACCAACAAAUUCAGUCGGGACCAGGCCUGCUACUGGUAUGGGCGAGCGUUUGAGGCUGAGCCCACACUACACUCUGGCAUCAACAGUUUGGUGCUCCUGAUGGCUGCAGGUCAUCAAUACGACACAUCUGCUGAGCUGCGCAAAAUCGGUGUAACAAUAAGCAGUCUACUGGGCAGGAAAGGGAGUUUGGAGAAGAUGCAGAACUACUGGGAUGUCGGUUUCUACCUUGGAGCGAGCAUCCUCACCAAUGAACACAAGAAGGUCAUUGAAGCCUCUGAGAAGCUUUAUCGACUCAAGGCGCCAAUUUGGUUUGUGGCUUCAAUCAUGGAGACAUUCAUCCUGUACAAACAGUUUGCCAAACCUCCGGAGGUCAGACAUCCAAAGCAGGAGACGGUGGACUUCUGGAUGGAGCUGAUGGUCCAGACCUGCAAACCCACAGUGUCCACCGCCCGCUGCCCUGUUCUAAUUCUGGAGCCCAGUAAGGUGUUCCAGCCCACCAUUGUCAGCGUGAGCGAAGAGGACGACAGCCGCACCGUGCAGUUGCAGCAUGUCACCCCCAUGACGAAAGGUCUCCACGAAUGGACUUUCCCAGCCUCUGAUAUCAGGGGAGUAAGUGUUUCCAAGUUCGACGAGCGGAGUUGUUUCCUCUAUGUUCACUACAACUCGGAUGACUUCCAGCUGUGUUUUCCCAGCGACGCACAUUGUAAAGGGUUCUGUGAGCUGGUGAACUCGCUGCGGCAGCAGGCCAUCGCACCUGUGGAGGAGCCAUGCCCACUGAGCAGAGGCGUGUUAGAGUACAUCUAUGAGACGAGUGAAAAUGGUGGUAAAGUGGUUCUGGGCAAAGGGACAUAUGGCGUUGUGUAUGCUGGCAGAGACCUGAGCAACCAGGUGCGCAUCGCCAUUAAAGAGAUCCCUGAAAAGGACAGCACUGUUUUCUUUAGGGCUUUCAAGAUCACACUUGGCACACUCAGCACCUCCAGACAUGAACUGGUUAUGUUAGCCUGGGCAAACCCAGACAACCUUUAUUCUCAGCCCCUGCAUGAGGAGAUAGCCCUGCACAAGAGGCUGAAGCACAGGAACAUAGUGCAAUAUCUGGGCUCUGUCAGUGAAGACGGAUACAUCAAGAUAUUCAUGGAGGAGGUACCAGGAGGAAGCUUGUCCUCCCUCUUGCGGUCAAAGUGGGGGCCCCUGAAGGACAACGAGGCCACAGUAGUUUUCUACACCAAGCAGAUCCUGGAGGGGCUGAAGUACCUGCAUGAUAACCAGAUAGUGCACAGAGAUAUCAAGGGAGAUAAUGUCCUCAUUAACACAUACAGUGGAGUUCUGAAGAUCUCUGACUUUGGGACAUCCAAACGGCUCGCUGGAAUUAACCCCUGCACAGAAACAUUUACAGGAACCCUACAGUACAUGGCUCCAGAGAUCAUAGACCAGGGACCCCGGGGCUACGGCAAGCCAGCUGACAUCUGGUCCUUGGGCUGCACCAUUAUUGAGAUGGCCACAGGGAAACCCCCCUUUCAUGAGCUGGGCAGUCCGCAGGCCGCCAUGUUUAAGGUCGGUAUGUUUAAGAUCCACCCGAACGUGCCAGAGUGCAUGUCUGACGAGGCCAAAGGUUUCAUCAUGAGCUGCUUCAAGCCAGAACCAGACAAGCGAGCCGAGGCCUCAGAGCUCCUGAAGGACACCUUCCUCAAGGUCAGCCACCGCAAGAGAACCAAACAGGAGGCCAUCCAGAGGGAGACCACAGUAGCAGACUACCACAGGAGUAUGUCCGUACCCAUCACGGUGCACGUGGAGGAUGUGGACGCAGAGCCCUUUGAUCUGUCCUGCUCUUUGGACAUGCGGCGGACCAUGUCAGUCCUCAGGAUGGACGACAUCGCAGAGAGCCCGCCCAGCACCAUCGGAUUCCUCCCGGUGCCGGAGGAGCCGUCGGGCGAUCUGAUUAGCCCAUCCGGUACGGGAGAGAACCUGGGUCUGUUCCUACUGCGGAAGGACAGUGAGAGGAGGGCCACUCUGCACCGGGUGCUGACGGAGUACAUCGACAGGGUGGUGCUCUACGUACAGGACACACUGCCCAAGUCUGACCAUCAAUCCCUCACUGCGGAGCACAUCUCUGAGCUGAUUGGCUGUUUGAGGGAGAACAUCCGUUCACCCGACAAAAAGCACCUGACCAACAGCCUGUUGAAGCUGCGCAGCACCCUGCUCAAUGAUGCAGUACCACUCAACAACCUGCAGACGGUGCUCUUCAGCUUCCAGGAUGCUGUGAAGAAGGUGUUGCGGCAGCAGCAGGUGAAGCCCCACUGGAUGUUUGCCCUUGACAACCUCCUGAGACAGGCGGUGCAGGAUGCCAUCACUGUGCUCCUACCAGAGCUGAAGCUGCAACUGCAGUCCUCCUUCGAGGCGGACGAGCGAAGCGAAUCCCCUGAGGCGGAGACCCAGACCCCCACCAGCACAAACGCCCAGCAGGACCUCCCGGGCUCCCCAGCGCCCCAGGAUGAGGAGCAGCCCGCGGGGGAGAACACGACCAGCGCCUGCCUCCUCACCAAGCUCCAGGAUGAGGAGCAGCCCGCGGGGGAGAACACGACCAGCGCCUGCCUCCUCACCAAGCUCCAGGAUGGCAGCUCUCCUCUGGCCAGAGAACUCAGCCAGCUCAGGCUGGAGACCAGGAGACUGCUGACCCUGCUGAGUGAGAAGGAGCGGGAGUAUCAGGAGCUCCUGAGGGACACAGUGGAGAAUAAACAGAAGCAGAUUGAUACCAUCAGAGAUGGCCAAACGGCACCCUCCUCAGAGAAAAGUUCUGAGAACAGCGGACUUGUGCGCUGGUUGAAAUGCAUUCCUGUGGACCAGGACAGCAUAGAUACUCUUGUGUCUCACAAGUUCACAUUGGAUAGUCUGCUCCAAAUAGCCUCCAGAGAUGACCUCAAGUAUUGCAACUUAAAGGGGGGCAUGCUGUGUCGGAUCUGGGCUGCCGUGUCCAAACAAAGACGGUCUCGCCUCAGCACCCACGUUGAGGAGGACGACACCAUCCUCUGAACACCAGCGUCUACACUACGUCCUGCAGUGUCUCUGUGGGUGGUGCUCGCACAUCUACAUGCUUCUUGGCUGGUCCAGAAAGAAUGAUAUGGGUCUGUUAAAAGAAAACAAACACUGGGUCUCCUUUAUGAGGAUGAAACCCUUCAUGGAUCUCAAACACACUCAAGUGUUCAAACGUGCUUCAAAAAGCCCCCUCACUAGAUGAAAAUCUACCCGUGCUUUAACCGUCUGUGUUCAGAUACGUUCACCCGAGUGACCUGCGGACUUACCGGUAGUACUAAAGGGCUGGUAGUGUAGACCCAGGUGAUUUUCAAGGUAAAAAGACAUUGUGUGGACAUAUACAGCCAGCCCGUUUGAUUCCCGGAUCAUGUCAGGAGUCCAGUGCAUGUGUGAAAGGGACUAUAGUAAACUUAACCAGACUUUUUGAUUGAAACUCUAUAAGGAACACUGCAUGAAGAGGGAUAUUCAUAUGUAUAUGUCUAACUUUUUCAAAGAAUGUGCUCUUACAUUUCUGAAGUUUGUAAAUUGGAGUAAGAACAAUGUCUCUUUACUGUUAGUGGUCAUGUCUGAUUUCACACACACACACACACACACACACACACACACUCAAGCACUCAAGCACUCAAGCAUUUUGUUGUUGAUAUUGUCAAUUGUGUCUUUUCAGUAUCAAGUACGGUAAUAAUUCAUGACUUUUUAUUUACAAAAAAAACUCUUCCUCAUUUUUUUAAUUGUAAUUAUGUUUUUCACAAUAUUUUUUGUAUAGAAUGUUUUGGGGGAUGAGAUUUAUACUGUUUUAGUUGUUUUAUUGUAAUGUAGAUUUCUAUGCAAGCUGUGACACACAAAAGGGAUUUUAAGCAUUCACUGUGUGUGGAUGUAUAUUAAAUAAACUCAUGGUAUGGUAGGAUUUGGAAUUUCAGUCAUGUAUCUGUAAAACCAAUGACCUAUAGACACAAAAAAGUGCAGUAGUUGCACAGCAACUGCAACAGUCAUGGAACAUUGUAAUAUUUAUAAACAGAUGUGCCUAGAUCAUGGAUAAGGAUGUACUUUGGAUGUAGAUUUUAUAUUCUAGGGCUUUAUCACAUAACCAUCAAUUGUGUUGCUGAUUGUUAUUUGACAAAUUUGUUAUUUUUGAUAGUGAUAUAGAUGACCUGGAUGUCAGACAUAUUUGUAUUAUAUAACAAGUAGCUGCCACAUCAAAAUCACAGCAUUCAGAGGAUCUGCUGUGUGGUUGGUCUGGUGCAAAAACCAAGUGGGUGGGUAACAGAUGUGUCAUAUUAGUGAUGUGUGAGGUUGUUUUUGUUCUGCAAUGUUUGGGAAUUAAAUUGUCCCUUUCAAUUUU